ACUUGUUUUUGUGGUGGGCACUGUGUCGUUGAUUUAUUAAUAUAUUAAAGUUUUCUUUAUUAAAACUAUGUUAUAAACUUUUGAAAAUGGUGGACGAAGGUACUAGGAAGACUUUAGGCAGCAUUCCCUUGCUGAAAACAAAAGCAGGUCCAAGAGAUAAGGAAUUAUGGACGACCCGAUUAAAGGAAGAAUAUCAAGCUCUCAUUAAGUAUGUCCAAAACAACAAAGAAGCAGAUAAUGAUUGGUUUCGACUAGAGUCAGAUAAAACAGGCACCCGCUGGUUCGGCAAGUGUUGGUACAUUCAUAACUUGCUGAAAUAUGAGUUCGAUCUUGAAUUUGAUAUACCCGUGACCUACCCGACCACAGCACCAGAGAUAGCGCUUCCCGGGCUCGACGGGAAAACGGCGAAAAUGUACAGGGGCGGUAAAAUAUGUUUGACCGACCAUUUUAAGCCGCUAUGGGCGAGAAACGUACCUAAGUUUGGUAUAGCACACGCUAUGGCUUUGGGGUUGGGUCCAUGGCUAGCAGUAGAAAUUCCCGAUUUGAUAGAAAAGGGGGUAGUUAAAUAUCAAGAGAAAUCAGAAGAAGCGAAAUGACCUGUAUAUUAUAUUGUUAUAUUAAAUAUUUUUUUACUUA